CCGGCUUCGGUGGCCGCCGUGCAAGGCCUUCUGGGUAACAGAGUUCACACACUGAGGAUGCCGUUGGAUCCGAGGGACAGGGGACUACAACUCCCAGAGUGGGACGCGCGGAGCUGCCCCCUGGCAUGAUGGGAGGGGUAGUUCGUUCCGCGCCCGCUUAUUACUAGCCCCAACUCAUUGGGGACUCUCAGAAUUGUCAUCUCUGCUGUGACUAAGCUGGCUGCUUUUUUACUUUCUUUUUUUUUUCUUGCACUACGCCACCGAAACGAAACGCAGAAAUAUUCCUGAGCCUUUCCGGAACCCCUUGGAAAGAAGGGGGUCGGGGAGUGCGAGGCAGGGGUGGAGCCUGGCAGUGACCCGGAAGCAGAAGUGAUUCUUACAGGCGGAGUGCUGGGGAGAGGCAUCGGAGACCGCAGCGGCAGAAGCAGCAAUUUAUCUGUGUGCAGCCCCAAACUGAGAAGAAGAUGCUAAUUAAAGUGAAGACGCUGACUGGAAAGGAGAUCGAGAUUGACAUUGAACCCACGGACAAGGUGGAACGAAUCAAGGAGCGUGUGGAGGAGAAAGAGGGAAUUCCGCCACAGCAGCAGCGGCUCAUCUACAGUGGUAAACAGAUGAAUGAUGAGAAGACAGCAGCUGAUUACAAGAUAUUAGGUGGUUCAGUCCUCCAUCUGGUGUUGGCUCUGAGAGGAGGAGGUGGUCUUAGGCAGUGAUGGACUCCGCUCCAUUUUACCUCCUUGCCCUGUCACUCAUAAUGAGGCAUCAUAUAUCUUCUCACUCUGUGGGACACCAGAGCCACUCCCCCCUCCCCUGGAUGCCCAGUCUUGUGUGUCUGUUGGUGGGAGACUGUGAGGACCCCAGGAGGCAGUGUUCCUGGCCCAAAGGGCCCUUGCUGGCUAUUGGGUUUUAGUUAGCAGUCCUGUGUGCUUCCCUCUCUUAUGGCUGUGUCCCUGGUUCUCAAUAAAAUAUUUCUUGACCUCCU